AUGUCGCGCGCGCGAUCCGCGAGCGACGCGGGCGCGGAGGCGCUCGCGGAGGCGCUCGCGAGGCACGAAUCGCGCGCGGCGCGAUUGUCGUUCGCGGAGGAAGCGCGCGUGAUUCUCGACACCAACGGCUGCGGCGCGCUGUCGACGCUGGGAAACCAACGCGCGGGCGUCUUGGCGGGGUUCCCGUGCGGGAGCGUCGCGGCGUACGCGAGCGAUGAGGACGGGCUGCCGAUCUUCGCGCUGAGCGCGCUGUCGCAGCACGCGCGAGACGCGAGGGAAAACGGAAAGGCGACGCUCACGGUGACGCGCGCGGAGUUCGAGGACGUGAGCGACGGGAGAGUGUCGAUGAGUGGAAUCCUGACCGAGGUCGACGCGGGCGAGGCGACGGCGCGGGCGCGAGCGCGGUACCUGGCGCGGCACCCGGGGGCGUUUUGGGUCGAUUUCGGCGACUUCGCGUGGUACAAGAUGACCGAGGUCGUGGCGAUUCGCAUCGUCGGAGGGUUCGCGCGCGCGGGGAGCGUGACGGUGGAAGAGUACGCGAAUGCGCGACCGGAUCCGGUGGCGGCGUUUUCGGCGCCGGUGUGCGGACACAUGAACGCCGACCACGGGGACUCGCUUCGCGACGUGGUGAAGCACUACGUCGGCGUGGACGUGGAUUCGGUCGAGAUGCGCUCGAUCGACGCGCUCGGGAUGAACUGUCGCGUCGUCAAGGAUGGCGAAAAGUACGCGUGUCGCCUACCGUUCGAAAGCGCGGCGACUGGGCGCAAAGAAGUGAAGGAUCAAAUCGUAUUGAUGACGCGAAACGCCGCGGCGGCGGCGAACGCGCAGUAA